CUCCUAUUGGACGAGAGUGGCUUCCCCCUCUCCUAACGCAGAUCAGAAAUCCAAACUUUGCAGCGACGAGGGGAAGUUAGCGAAGGAUAACAGAAACGCCUGGAGUGACUUUGUUUUCGGCUAAUAACGGGAGUGCGUACUAGGGGGAAGCCACUAGGGAGCGAUGGAUGACAACUCCAACAGUGGCAGCAGCACCAAUGGCUCCUCGAACAACUGGACCAUUCUGACCCCAGAGGACUCUGUGGUGGAGAAUGUGGGCCCAGGGGAUGAUGGGACGGAUGGUCCUCCAGUGGCGGACCAAAGCUCCGCGGAGGAGCUGAAAGAGACCGCCGAGGAGGAGGAGGAGGAGGAGGCUGGCAUCGCCGGGCUGAGGGCAGGGGAGACGCGCUCUGCGGAGGGGCUGCAGGUCUGCCAGGAGACGGCGACGGGGAACAGCGAGAGCAGCCCCAGCCCCGGCCCGGACUCCAACGUCGUGACUGUGCCCGCCUCCUCGCCACAGGAAGAGGAGGGGCACCAGGAGGAAGGGGAGGGCCCAGGGCUGUCCAGGAAGGUUGAUGAGAUUGGAAAGCAAGCAGUGCGAUUGGUGGCUCCGCUGCUGAGGGGCCUGACCCUGUCAGGGUUCCGUAGAUGGGGGAAGCGGCUGAUUGGACGAGGAGGAAGAGGUACUGAAUCGGAUUCAGACCCGGAGACUGGGGCAGGCCUCCGGAGACGGAAGACACACCACCUGGGGAGAGGAGAGGAGGAGGAGGAGGAAGAGGAAGAGGAGGAUCAGGAGGAAGAGAGGGCGUGGAGGAAGGAGGGGGAAGGGGGACUUGGGCUUUCCCUGAACAAGUGCAUCGUGGGAGCCCUGCUCUUGCUGGGACUGGGGAUGAUCCUGUUCUCCGGGCUGGAUGAGGAGGUGGAUCUGAGGGAACUGCAUGAGAAGGAUCUUUAUGGACAGCAGGACGAAACCGGUCCUGCCCCGGACCCACGGUCGGCGCAGUUGAUGGCUUCUCUGCUAGACAAGCUGGCCCAGGAGAACCAGCAGAUAACCCUGCUGCAGGCUGAGCUGCAGGCCCAGAAGGAGGAGCUGGCGCUGGCCCUGCGCGGGCUGGAGGAAGGAGGGGGUUUGGCCCAGGAGAACGAGCGGCUGCGCGCUGAGCUGGCCUCCCUGCCCAGCCUGCAGGGGGAGCUGGAGAGCCUCAAGGCCAGAGUGACAGAACUGACGCAAAUCACAGAAGCCCACUCUGCUGCCCCUGUGCCCAACCUCACUGUGCAGAACGUCUCCACUGCACCCCCUACAGAUGAGCCAGGGCACCGCAAUGACACCCCAAGUCAAGAGAGCCCGGUUGCCGGGGAGGCGGAGGAGAGCGCAGGAGGAGGAGACGCCCUGCAGCAGGAGCUGGAGAGACAGCGCCUCCUGCUGGCCGAGAGCCGGCGGCGCCUGGAGGGGCUGACGGGGGCGGCGAGGGAGCGGGGGGGGAAGAGGGGGGUGAGGGAGGGGCUGGCGGAGCUGGAGAGGAGGCUGUCCGCCGAGAUCGAGCGGCUGGGGAAGGGAGCGCCGGGGGAGAGGAGGGAGGAAGGGGGCCAGAAGAGGCGCUGGGAGGAGGCGGAGAGAGGGGCGCGGAGAGAGGGAGAGGGGAGAAAGGAGGGAGAGGAGAGGGGGAGGAGGGAGAGGAAGGAGGGAGAGUGGCUCAGGCAGAAGACGGAGCAAACGGAAGAAGGGAUGACGAAGGACAAGGCCAGGGAGCAGAAGAAGGAGAGGCCGGAGCCCAGAUCCAAACAGGACCACCACUGGCAGGGGCCCAGCCGGACGGCGCCGUCGCCCGGGAAACCGGCCCACCGGCACCACGACCACAACGCCUUCUGGAAGCAGCAGGGCGAGAGGCUGCGCCACUACCGCCCCCUGCAGGGCUGCGGGGGUCCGCGGGACUGCGCCCGCAGGGAGGGGCUCCACCCCGUCGAGCUGCCCGCCUUCCAGGCCCUGCUGGGGGGCUACCUGCGCCGCCUCGGCGGGGGGGCCGGGCCGGCCGAGCUGCAGCGGCUGACCCUGGACUUCUUCCAGGACGGCCUCUUCGCGCACCAGCGGAUGUCCUUCCGGGACUUCGCCGAGGACGUGGGGGAGAUCCUGGAGGAGCUGGCGGAGAGGGAGGGGGGCGGCGAGGGCGAGGGCGAGGAGCUGGAGCGGUUCAUGGAAGGGUUCGAGAGGGAGGCACUGAGGAGGUUUGCCAUCCCGGGACACGGACACAGACACGGAGAGAGGGAGCGAGAGGGGAGGAGGAGAGGCAGGAAGCCCAGCACCGCCGAGCCGGACCACAGCCAGGAACAGCAGCGCCCCCCGGUGGAGCAGGACUGGCACGCCCGCAGCAAGGAGAAGCACAGGUGGGCCGAGCCAGUGGGCGGCAGCGAGUAGAACAGACAGGCCGAACUGGACCGGGGACCUCUGGACACUGGCUCCUCCCUCCUUUCCGGGCUCUUCCGCAGCAGCAGUGUCACUCGGACCCGCACAGAGGUUCAUCAACCAUCCCACCAAUGUUGGCAGGGCAGGGAGGUGUCUGGCUCCCCCUACAGGACGAGGGCUCGGUGGCACCUUUUAUUUUGAAAAUCUUUCAUCUGCGGCUCUCAGAUCCAAAGCCUUCGUGUUCUUCAGGAGCUGGAGAGCCCAGGGUUCGAAUGUGGAUUUAAUUGACUUAAUGAAAUCCAAGGAGUAGCAGAGAACAGAUAGUGGAUUUUUUGGGGUUUCUUUUCACCAGAGUUUGUGUUGGGGUGUUUUUUUUUUCAGAAGUCAGGAAUGGUGAGGGGAGGGUGGCGGGUUUUUCGCUCCUGCUGGAUGGUUUCAGUGGGGGAAACGCCUUUCUUUUUUUCUGGGAGGAAAAUAAGGGAAUGGAGCUCAGGGCUGUGGCUGGGUUGCCAGACACCUGCCACUCUUGGUGUAGAGAAGUGCUUCUUGAUAAAGAAAAACUAGGACAUGGGAGCUGUACAGACCUUACUUGGUGUGUUAAAUUAUUUUGUUCCCAUGUAAUUAAUGACCCCAAUUAAGCAAUUAAGGCUUGCGUGGUGGGGUGGUCUUUUGACUUGGGCUUCUAGGGUUGCAACACUGAACUUGGACAGUGAGUCACGCCACCUUCGCCGACCUGGAGAAAAUCCAAUCAGCGAAAUGUCAGCUGUGGCACGAAGGCCGAGACCCGACUUCCCAGAGGGGGGAGCUGCCCUGGCCUGCCUGGAGAAGUUGGGGUGCAGGAGCGUGUUGGGGGGGUUCGGUGAUUGCAGGCCCUGGUCUCAGGCCUACUGAACUGUUAUUACAUUUCCUGCUGAACAGAGUGACUUCUGACCCCCUCCCCCCCCCUCUAGAAAUGCCUGAUUGAUGUUGUUUAUGUCUUUGUAUAAAAAAUAAAGUUUCUUCAACGAGUAGCCGAG